GGGAUGGCGCUGCCCACCCCGCGCUACGAGCACCUGGGCCCGCGGGGGCCCUUUCGGGACGUGUACGAGCCGGCCGAGGACACCUUCCUGCUGCUCGAUGCGCUGGAGCGGGACGCGGACAGCCUGCGGGAGGCUCGAGUCGAGAUCUGCCUUGAAAUAGGAUCCGGAUCUGGUGUGGUUUCAACAUUUGUGGCUUCUUCUGUCCUUGGACCCGGUGCGCUGUACAUAUGCACAGAUAUCAACCCCAUGGCAGCUUACUGUACCCAGGAGACAGCUCUGCUGAACAAUGUUCACCUGCAGCCUGUCAUCACUGACUUGGUCAAAGGAUUAUCCUCAAGAUUAAAUGGGAAGGUUGAUCUGCUGCUGUUUAACCCACCAUAUGUGGUAACACCUUCUGAAGAGGUGAAAAGCCAAGGAAUAGAGGCAUCCUGGGCUGGGGGCAAACAGGGCAGAGAAGUCAUGGAUAGAGUUUUCCCAUUAGUACCAGACCUGCUUUCACCAGGAGGAUUAUUCUACUUGGUCACAAUUCAAGAAAAUAAUCCAGAUGAAAUUCUGGAAACAAUGAAGAGAAGUGGCUUAAAAGGCACACGAGUGCUUUCCAGGAGAGCAGGACAAGAGAUGCUGACAAUCCUCAGAUUUAGGAAAUCUUGAUGACUUCUCUUCACCUGCCAGGUAGUAGGCAUGAAGAAAAUUGAACACAGAGUUGUCAGUUGGUGAACACUGAAGUGAAUGCAAUCUGCCCUUUGUUAGUGGCAGGAACUUACUCAUACAAGCAAAAGAUCAAGAAAGAAAUUAACCCAAAAACUGAGCUAGGGAACAAAAUAUCAAUGGGUUCAUAAUGAUCUAAUAUCCUCUGACAUAACCAAUGCCACACACCAGAGAGUCUCACUUCUACAAGCCAUGCACACAUAUCAAAUUUAAUUUGUAGUCUUCAGUUGUCAUUGGUCAGAACCAGGAUCCUUUGACACCAUCAGCAUUCACCACAAACUGCAAAUUUACAAGCAGCAGCAUUAAGGUCUCCUUCUGUUGGCUUAAAAAGUUCUUUCCUCUCCCAGGAUCAGCGUUCUCAGCACGGAUCACUUUGGCCUUGACUAAGGACCAGAGUCCUCCAUGUCCUUGUGACCUUCAGAGAAGAAGAAAGAGCCUGGUUAAAAUACACAGAUGCUCAGAGUCCAGCACAAAAGCAUUUGGAGGAAGUUUGGAUCAGUGCACAGAUGGAAACACAGUGGCACUUUAUACAAUGCAAAAUGUGAAGGCAGAGUUAGGAGUUGUUUCACUUGUUCUCACAUAGCUGUGAGAGUUUUACUGCUCAGGGUACUGAACUUCUCAUCUCUUCCAACAUAUGUUCCAGCAGCAGAUAAGGAGGAUUCUCCAAUUCUUCAAUCCCUUGUUAUGAGCACAACAGCUCUGCAACCCGUUAGACACCUUCCCUCAGCUUCAGAGGUGGCUUCUCAAGGAAUGAUGGAAAAUUUUAUUUUAGUAAUUGUAUGUAUUUAUAUUGCCAUUGGGAAUUCUUUUGAGGAAUACAAUUUUGCAAAUAGAAAUU